CACUGUGAACUCUGGUGCGGUAAACCGCCCUGAAGCAACAGGGUUUGGGGCUGCUCUAGAAUAUACUCGUUGUGAUGCAACUCGUAAACACAAACUUUGAAUAAUUUGAUCAUGGUUUUUGACUGCAAUACAACGUAGGUGGGAUUUAGGCGUACAAAGACUGGUCAAAGUAGCAUGGAAUAGCAGACCGUUCCGUAGUCUGGCAAACAAACACUCGACAAGCCGUCGAAUGAGAAUUGAGAAUGGCGUUUUCCGUGAUCCAGGCUUGCCGUAGCCUGGCCUUGUCGACAUGGCUGUUCUCCCUCUGCUUCGUGCAUCUGCUCUGUCUGGACUUUACCGUAGCCGAAAAAGAGGAGUGGUACACCGCAUUUGUAAACAUCACUUAUGUGGACCCAGUGACUUCGGAGAUCAGGACAGAGAAAACCGAAUGCGGGCGUUACGGGGAACACUCUCUCAAACGCGAGGCCAGAGGAGUGCUGGUGUUGUCUGCCUCCCCGCACGACAGGCAGGCUUGCGACCCUAAUACGAAAUUCGCCAUUCCAAAGCAGCCCAGUGCUUGGAUAGCACUAAUAGCAAAUGGAAAUUGCACAUUUAGAGAUAAAAUUCGACAUGCAACAGGCCACAACGCCACUGCUGUAGUCAUCUUUAAUGUAGGUUCCUCAAAUGCCAAUGAAACCAUAACAAUGCCUCAUCCAGGAACCGGUGAUGUGGUUGCCAUAAUGAUCCCAGAGCCGAAAGGUCAUGAGCUCUUGUUGCUUUUGGAGCGGAACAUUACGGUGCACAUGCACAUCACCAUAGGGACACGGAACCUGCAGAAAUACGUGAGCCGUACGUCGGUGGUCUUCGUAUCCAUCUCCUUCAUCAUUCUCAUGAUCAUCUCGCUGGCCUGGCUCGUCUUCUACUACAUCCAGCGCUUCAGAUACGCCAACGCCCGUGACCGGAACCAGAGGCGGUUGGGAGAUGCUGCUAAGAAAGCCAUUAGUCAGCUACAAGUUCGAACCAUCAAGAAAGGAGACCAGGAGACAGAAUCUGAUUUCGAUAACUGUGCCGUGUGUAUUGAGGGCUACAAGCCAAAUGACGUGCUGAGGAUUCUGCCUUGCAGACAUCUCUUCCAUAAAGGCUGUGUCGACCCCUGGUUGUUGGACCACCGAACGUGUCCCAUGUGCAAAAUGAACAUCCUCAAAGCCCUUGGCCUCAUGUCCAGCGCUGACUGUCUGGAUGAACUCCCCCUGGACUAUGAACUGGCAGUGGGGGGUGUGGCGUUAAAUGCCAUGGUGAUGGGCGAUGAUGUCAUGGCUGGUGACAAUGUGGGAGGACGGGACCCUGGAGUCAGGAUGGUGGGUCUCCCUCAGGUCCUCCUGGACUCAGAACCCUUGUCUCAAGACACCACAGAAGCUGAGCACAGUGAGCAGCAGCAGCUAAUGGCUAGUGGCAGUUCAGAGACGUCUUUGGCCUUAAGCCCGGGGGCAGGGCUCUCUGACAUGGACACACCCACAGAGGAGGGGAAAUGCUGAUGAGGUCACAAUCAUCCACACCAUAAAAUGGGAGUCACCAGGACAAAUUGGAGUGGGUCAGAUUUGCAGUGAGCCUCUUUGCAGAUCGAAAAGGAGCUUUUUUUUUUCUUCCUAUAAUGAUGUCACAGCCAUGAGAGAGCAUCACAUAACGACAUCACUGCCACCUGCACUUAUGACACCACACUGCUAUCAACGCUACCUGCAGGAUUAGGAUAACAGGGUCUUUGGCCUGUAGCUACUCUCCAUUCCUCUCUCUCUCUCUCUGUCUCUCUUUCUCUCACUUUCUCUCUCUCUUUAUCUAACCCCAGAACUUGUCCCCAAAACAGACCCCAAAACGGAACGCUAUCUAAAAGACUCUCUCCUUUCCACUCUCCCGGCCCGUGAAACAGAGUGUACACUUAAGGGUGGACACAGGGUAAGUGAAGCACUUGGUUAUGCUCGCUAGAGCGGAAACGCUCGACAAUCAGCCAUCCUCCUCCCCCUCCUCACCGCGGAGUCCUCUGGUCAAUGCAUUUCACGCUGUGUGUUUCAUGAAUGUCUGUGAAUUGGACACAGAGAGAGUGAAACCUGUCUAAAGAAAACUAUUUUGAUAAAGGAAAAAAAAAAGUUUUAUUUUUCUAUAGAAUUGUAUUUGGAUUGUAUAACAUGCAGUAUUUAAGAAGCUUCACUAGUAUUGAACCGCCUCCUCGAAAACUCUUUCAGGGUGUUUACUUUGGCCGUACCAAAGAAGCAACAUUCUGGAUGAUAGUGAGGAAAAGUAUUGGGUUUUUUUGGUUUUUUUUUUUCUUCAGGUGGAAAGUGCUGACGUCUUUGGAUUGUUUUGACCCUGCUCUUUCAUACUAACGGACCUGUUACUGGAGCAUGAUUCUGGCUUUAUUCAAGUGUGCAUUUCAGUGGAUUCUUAUUAGGUUCAGAAACUGGUUCUUCCAGAAAUUCAUUUGAUGUAAUGGUGUGCAUAAUGUAUAUAGAUUGUUUUAUUAACAGUGGUUCUCCAUAUGUAACCUCUCUCUCUCUCUCUCUCUCUCUCUCUCUCUCUCUCUCGCUCUGUCUCCCUCUCUCUCUUCAUCUGACCCAUUUUCCCAUAAUGCACUUUAUUUGUAUUUAUAGGUUAAAGUUCAUUUUUAAAGAAUUUGUAACCAACAGUCCAUACACAGCCCGUUGCCCUGUUCCUGACACAAACACAGACACACACACACACACACACACACACACACGGUACAGUGUGCACACAGAAAAUUUGUGCUGAUUCAUGGUAAAUAUUUUGCACGUGUUCAAGUCAGACUGUGGCU